UAAAUCUCUAAAAAAAAUAAUAUAAUAUUUAUUUAUCUUUGGGUACAUCAAUAAAAACUAUUAGCUUUGAAACGCUAUUUUCCGACCUCUUUUUUCAUUCUUUUCACAUAUUUCACCUUCCAAAUGAUGAGCACACAAGAUUUCAAAAACCAGUGUAUAGUACGACAGUGUAAAGUUCGACAGUGUUUUCAGUGUCAGGGGGACACAGAAUUCUACUGUAACACGUGUAAACAUGGAUUGUGUCAACAGUGUAAAGAGAGACAUGUUAUUGACUUAGAUACAAAAUACCAUGAUGUUGUGAUUUACCAAGAGAAAUAUGACAUUCCUAAACUCGAGCCUUGUUUGAGACACACAGACAGUAGCUAUGAAAAAUACUGUUACACAUGUGAACUGCCUCUCUGUGCUCAGUGUGAAAAACAUGAACAACACCAGACAAUUGACAUUAGAACAGCAUAUAAAACAAAGCGUGAACAACAUAGAAAAAUUCUUCACAGAAUCAGAGGUGAGACUUUCUAUAAUAACCGUUUUCAACUUGCAGUCAUCAAAAUUGAACAAUCCAAAAUCUUUAACCUUAAACUAAAGAUGUCAACAAAACACAGAGACAAAACAACCUCAUUGUCACUGGGAUGUGUGCUGUUAAAGAUAGUUACAGACAUUUCAUGAUUCAUAGAUUGCAACAACAGAAAAUAAAAAUAAACAGACACAUUGCCAGCAUAGAAAUAUAUGAACACAGAUAUGAAAAGUCCAUCAAGACAGCGGUGAAAUUCCUCGUUUUUCUUAAAAAAGCACUUGUUCCCAAAAUAAAAGACACUCUUAAUCUUACACAACACGCCUUACUCUAUCUGACUGAGGAAAUCAUAACGGAUGAUGUUGUUGAGUUUCUUAGUGAGAUCCAAGUAGCACAGAAGCAAGUAAGAGAUGAAGAUCUGUUGAAACAGAUUUCUACACCUGUGUUAGUCAGAACUGUUGAACUGAAAAUCCCUGGUUAUGCGAGGCAUAUUUCUUGUCUGACUUCGGACCUGUUCUGGGUCAGUCAGUGGCACAAUAAUACUUCGAAUGUUAUCUUGAAAAAUACAGAAGGAGACACUCUGCAUCAACUGACAAAAAGGUUACCUUAUUCAAGACGGAAUAUUAUAAAUGGAGCACACACAGUGAACAAUCAAGGUGAAUUAAUUUAUGUAGACACUGAAAAGAACAUUUUCAAAUUUUCAACAGAUAACAAAACAAGGUCCCUAUUAAUAAAAGGAACAGAUUUCGGGGAAUGGGGAGCAAGGUGUGUUUAUUAUUCCGCCAUCAAAGGAGAUCUACUGGUCGGACUGUUAAAUCAUGAAAAGGCAGGCAAGGUAAACCGUUACAGGAUCACAAACCAACACAUUCAGACAAUACAACAAAACAACACAGGACAGGGACUGUAUAGUUAUCCUAGUUACCCCACAGAGAACUGUAACGAAGAUGUUAUUGUGUCUGACAGUUUGCGUGGUGUAGUGGUGACAGAUCGUAAAGGAAAACAUGGAUUCUCCUACACACGACAUCCAUCAGGAUCACGCCUAUCACCAAAUGGAAUCUGUACUGACGCCCUGUCACAUUUACUGGUGUGUGAUGGUAACACCCACACAGUACAGAUCAUUGACAAGGAUGGAUAUUUUUUGACACAGAUACUGACAAAAGAGCAAGGGAUAUAUAGACCACACAGCUUAUGUUAUGACAACAAAACUAAUCUCCUCUGGGUUGGAUCAUGGAACGAAAACACACUGUGUAUAUAUAAAUACAUAAAAAGAAAGAGCUGUGAGACAGGUGCUGGAGAAGGUUACCUAUGAAUGCAGUCCAAACAGAAUGUGUUUGUAUUUAUUAAAUACUUUACAGAGUUCCAUAUUGUAAACCACCGAGUAAAGCAAAACACUAAUAACUGAAUUACUAGUAUUUUCGAUCUUACUCUUUUUAAUUUUGUACCCUGAAAUGACCAUUCUAUACAAAUAUCAAAAUAAGCAACAUUUAAAAUCCAUUAAACAUUAAUUUUUAUGAAAGAUAUAGUCCUAUAGCCGCAAUGGUGUAUAUGAACGAAUUGAGAUACGUGCGAUAGUAAUUUGUUAAAGCACACAUACCCAACAUUUAAAAAAAAAGAAAGACUCAUUGUCUAUACUUACAUUUUUAACAUUCUCUUUAUUAUCUUCAAUCCCAAUAAAUUAAACAUAAGUCUAUGCCUUUACUUUAUGUGGUUGCAUUUAACAUUUAAGGACAGGCAAGACGUUCCUUAAUAAUAGAUAUAAUUUUCCACGAGUUUGUCAUUUUAGCAUUGCUACUUGAAUAUGUUUACUAACAAAAAAAAAAUUAGGUACCUUACCAGGCAUUUCUGCAAGAUAC